CAAGUCAGCGAUAAAACGAUCGUUAUAUUGAUGUCCCGUCGUAAUCUAGAGUUACUCGAUUAGCAUUUGUUACUUCCGAAAGCUGCAGGAGAGACGUGACACAUAAAUAACCUCUGUAUAUCAAUGUUUAUAUUUUUCUCGGCUAUGUGAAAGUAAAAAUUUUUUUAAAGAGCUCCCCGUGACACUCUGCCUCCUUCCUCUAAAGAGCACACGCGUGUUGCCUGCCGUGCCCGCUUCACAAAGAAAGCCGUCUCAUCCGCAAUCGUGCCAUCAGUACAUUUUGCAGGGCUUGAAGCGGCGAAAACUACAUUUAUGGCAUCGACGACAUUUCACAUGUGCUGUUUUAUCUGGACUGUGCUGUGCUGUUUGCAAGUACACGCAUUUGAAGCCGGCAAAGUGGCCUUUUCAAGGUAUACCUGUCAGUACGGACGGUAUUUCUUUCAAAGUCAGUAUAUAUUACAUGAUGAGUGCAAACGAGCGACAUGCUAUAUAUCUGACAGGAAGCUUACCAUUGAAGAGUGCGCGCCUACUGCCUCGGAUGAUAGCCCAUGCAGCUCAAGAAGCCAGUUCGAGAAGCUGACAUUUCCAUUCUGUUGCAAAUCACGCGCUUGUCGAGGGAACAGGACCAUCAUCAAGGGGAUUAUUACGCACUACGGCACAGAAGGAGCUCCAGCAUUUUCAGAUGAUGUUUUUUAUGUGGAGCCAACCGGGAGAUGGAGUGCUCAUAUGAAAUAUAUUCUUGGCGCUUGUAAGAAUGGCAUUUGUAGGUACAGAAAGCAAAGAGUUGUUCAUGAAACUAAGCUGACCACACCGUGUGUAAGUGCAAGAACGUAUCAGGGAACAGACUACAUAGGAGUUGAAGAGUGCCCGACGUUUCCAGAAGGCAAUCAGAAAUGCGUCAAAUUGAAUAAUGGCAACCCAAUGAAUAGAUACCCUUAUUGCUGCCCUGAGUACAUGUGUCCUCCAAGAGGGCGUGAGCAAAGGAACACGACACAUACAGAGAAGGCGGUGAUGUACAAGGGGAUGUGUAAAUAUGGCGGCAAUGUCUUCAAACACGAUUUUUCUACCGUGGAACCUUGUCGCACCGCAUUGUGUGACUUACAGCGUCGUUGGGUCACAGUGAUAACGUGCUUACACAACGAGGACCUGAAGUGGACAGGGUGCAAAGCAGUGAGCCCAGUGAAAUGGCGGCACGGAAACCAUCCUGUAUGUUGCCCGGACUACAUGUGUCCAGAUAUGAAAGUCGACAGACUGCCUGAGCCGGAGACAUUUGAAACAGAAUAUAAAAUAGAUGUUUGCAUAUUUAGAGGAAGAUAUUUUAGGAAGAACCUAUCAACUUCAGAUACAUGCGAGCUAUGGACUUGCGACGUCAAGAAAGCUAAAGUUAGAGUGUACGGAUGCCAGAAAUACGGGCAAGACAUUGAGCCAGGCUGUACACUGGAAGUGAAAAAUCCACAGAAGCCUUACCCAGACUGCUGCAAAAGGAAAGUUUGCCGGCAUUAUUUUUCCACCUCUUAUCCUGGCUCGUACAUUGCCCCGUCUCCACUGUAGAUAUUUCCUUUACUAUCCUUCAAUCAUAGUUCUGUAGUGCGAACAAUGCUUACAAUAAAAACAA